UGUGCUCCAGUCACUUCUCUCUCUGUUUCUUCCCAAAAUCCAAGCCGUGGAUUUUGGCUUUCCUCUCUCUCUCUCUCUCCCAACCAACCAACCAACCAAAGAAUCAAAAUACAGUCCCUCCAUCUUCAAUGCUCAUUGCUUCUCCAUCAUAUUCCCACUCUCUCUCUCUCUCUCUCUCAUCCCACGUUUCCAUCACUCAAUUAUUUCCUCUCAUAUGCUCCUGAAUUCCUCUACCAUCACACAUUCAAAGCUCCCAGAGAUCAAGCACAUUUGAAUUUCGAAUUCUAACCUCAUUCCGCACAUUUUUUUUUAUAAAACUUUUGGAAGUAAAAACUGGUAAAAUGAACGACUGGGAGAGAUCGCUGCGUCAAGAGAGAUAUCAACAUCAACAUCAGCAUCAGCAUCAGCAACGGAGCAAAACACCGUCGUUCUCUUCCUCGCUCCUCGACGCGAUGUACCGCUCCAUCGACGAAUCCAAAUACGAGGCCGCGGAAACAACCGCCACAACGAAAGCGAAGAAACAGAGGAACUCAAAUUCAAACCGAAACGAUGCCGUGGAGGACGAAAGGAGCCUCCGAAAAGCUCUCACGUUCGAGAAAUGGAUGGAGAGCAACGACGAGAAACGGAGCCGCAUUAUCGCUCGAGGUUUUACUAGAACGUACAAUUCGGCCUCGAGCUCGUCGGAUUCGAGCUGCGGGGGAGUGUUUUCGUCUUCCGAAACGGAGUCCGUUCACAGGGACGGCUCGAAAUCGGUUAGUUUCACGAUUCAAAGGCCUAAGCAAGUUCGAAGCGAUCAUUAUUCUGUUGGAUCGGAGUACGAGAAUACGCCGAAGCGCGAAGGAAGGCUGUUGAUGAGGACCAAGUCGAAAGCUCUGAAGCUCUACGGCGAUCUGAAGAAGGUAAAACAGCCAAUCUCACCCGGCCGUCGGAUCACGAGUUUCCUCAACUCGCUGUUCAAUUCGAGGAACGCGAAGAAUCGGAAGCGCGGGGAAUCGCUCGACGGAUUGAGUUCGCUGCGGAGAUCGAGAUCCGUGAAGGAUCAUCAUCAAGCGACGACGUGCUCGCUGUCGUCUUCGUUUUCGAGGUCUUCUUGCCUCAACAAACUGCCGCCUUCUUCUACCUCGAGAGCGAAUAAAUUUACCAGCAGUAAUAACAAUUGCUCGAAGAGGUCCGUCAGGUUUUGCCUCGUUGACGAAGAUCCUCGUCGAUGCGGCAAAAAAGAGGAUCCGAGGAUCAUGCCGACCCCGAUUGUUCGAAAAAUCGCUGAGAUUACAGUGAUAGAAAAGGAGGUGAUCAAGAACAUGAAUGAUAAAUGUCGAUCGAGGGGUUUCGAGGACGAAGAUUUGGAUGAAGAUGAUGAGGAAUACGAUGAUGGAAUGAGCUGCACUAGCUCUGAUCUGUUUGAGCUGGAGAACAUCGGCGCGACCGGCGGGGUUGGAUUGGCGUACCGGGAGGAGCUGCCGGUGUACGGAACUACUAGUCUGAAGAAGAAUCACGCCAUUGUUAAUGGGUUGAUUCUCUAGUUUGAUAGUACUAGCUAGUUCUAUGGCUGAUGAUGAGAGCUGGUCGCGUAAUCUUUCGGUAGGACUCCUUCGUUUGCGCUCUGAAUUCUUGCUGUCGCGAAUUUUAACAGUUUGCUUAUAUUUUUGCGCGUUUUCGCUCUAACGCAUGCACAUUAUGUAGUAUUUAGGAUGUGGGUACGUCAGUACUACUGUUGUGGGAGAUUGUCGACUUUGCGAGAUUAACAAUUAAUUGUUCCUUAAUGUU